CUUGUAUCUUUUUUCGUAUGUUUAGGAAUUAUAUAUUAUUGCUUUGAUGAUAGAUCAACUUAAACCAAACAAUUAGUUUUUCUUCUGGAUUUGACUGAUGGAGGGAAACCAGUCUACUGCCUACCAGUACACACUAGAGGCAAUUCCUAGAUUGGAUUCUGGUCUGAAAAACUUAACCAGUCUACAGAUGGACAAAAUGGUGCAAGAGGAAAAUGCCCGAAAUGUUGCCAUGAGUCUGAAGAUGGAAUUACAAAAUGGGGUUGUUAAGGAGGAAAAGGAAUAUGACUCUAUGAAGUAUAGCUACAUUCUUGAGCCCGAAAAUGGGAUGAUUGAUUUUGCAAACAGGUUUGGUGGUAAGAAUUUUAAUGUUGAUGUGAAGAAAGAAAAAAUGACUGGAGACAUCGAUUAUGAUGAAGAUGAUGAGGAAGAUAAACUAGUCAUUGAUUUGUCAAUGGGGACGGCGAAAUGCGGAACAGAGGAUAUAACGCCGAUUAAGGGGGCAAGUAAAAGAAAGAGGUCAAAUAUGAACAAUGUGUUGUCGACAAUUCUACAUGAUAAGACUAGUCCAACAGAGAGGGUCAACAGUGAUACUUGCGAAGCCACUGAUCUUUCUUUGAGAGUGAAUGAAGCUCAAACAAGUGAAGAGGAUAGCGAAGAAGACGCACAACCAGUGAAGAUGGUGAUUACAGAUAAAUUGGAGAACAGUUCUGAAAUUGGUGCAAGAUCAGUCUCUCCAAUUUCUGCUACAGAAAUACUGAAAAGAGCUGCAAGCAGUUACCAUAUGAACACUCAUGUUUCGCCAAUUCCAUUUUCACCUUUUCCUGCCAAUUUAUCUUCAAACACAGCUGUAACUUUGUCACAACAUGGUCUAGUUUCAACACCAAAAAUUCAGAAUUCCUCUUCAUAUUCAACACCACCAAAUUCUUUCAGCGGCAGUGGACGAAAAAACAGAAGAAAAAAAUAUGUUCCAAUAAAAUGUGAAAAACUUGACGUUAAUGAUGAAGAUGAAUAUGUGGAAGAAUACUCGAGUAAAAGGAUGAGAUCAGACGUUGUCAAGUCGGAAGUUUUGGACUGUUCACCAUUAGAUCUAUCAAGUUCAAGUAAGCAAACUUUCGAAACAGACAGUCCAAUGGAUUUAAGUGCAAGGUCUAGUCCAGAACAAAAAGUGAAACCAGUCCAGAAUGGUAUGAGUUUUGAACCAGUCAAUUUGACAAAUGGUGCAUUCCCCAAGAACGAAAGGAAAGAGUUUACGCCAUUGAAUUUGAAAAUUCCCGCUGUAACACAACCAGGGUUUUCACCGUCCGGUUUUCUGCCAAAUCCUUUGCUAGCCGGUAUGUCAACUCCACAACUGAAAAAUUUCUAUGAAAUGAUGAUGAAGAAGCAGCCGCAAUUUCCGAGCCCGAAUUUAAUGCAAACAAACACACAGUUGAUGCAAUUCCAUGCUUUAAUGCAGAGCGCAAUGUUGAACAAUAGCUAUAUGGCAAUGAAAAACCUGAAUAACAAUGUAACUCCAGUGACAAAUGACAAAAAUGAUAAUCUUGUAAAAGUAAAGCAAGAAACCCCUGACAUAAAACAAGAGAUCAGAUCGCCUUACCGUGUGCCGGAAUUCCCAAACUCAGCUCUUGACUACUUCUCAAAAAGUGGAAUGAUGCCGUCCCCAUUUAUGGCAGGAUUCAAAGGCUUCCCAACAGGAAUGCCCUUUUUACCUCCCUCCCCACUUUUAGACCCCAAACCAACGCCUGGGCGACGAAAGAAAGGUAGAGAAAGCUCGGUAGGUCAAGUCGUCGACAGAACAGUUAUUCCUAGCCUGGAUGAUAUUCCGGCUCUACGCAGUCACAUAAGUACGGCAUCGCCAGACGCAAUCAUCGAUACGCUCAAGAAACUCUUUCCGAUCCAACCACCAGUUACUGACACAGAGGCAGAAUAUGGAACAGAAGACAACCCUAUGAAGUUUCUCGUCAAAGACAAUGAACAGAUCCAGACCAUUGUUGACUCUCUGCUUGUCUGCUGUGAGAUUGUUCCCGGUGAGUUUGAAAAGUAUAGUGGGGAGUACCGGAACGUCUGUCGAAUGUGUAACUCAGCAUUCUUCCACAUCGAGCACCUGACAAAACACGUGAAGAAAGAUCACAUCGUGAAGCGAUUUCAAUGCAACCAAUGUGAAAGAUCAUUCCAUGACGCAGGCAACUUUAGACAGCACAUGCGGGUUCACGACGAGAGCGACAUACCAUUUGAGUGUCACACGUGUCAGCGAAGAUUCCGACACAAGUGUACUCUCAAGGUUCACAUGAGAAUACACACAGGCGAGAAACCGUUCAAGUGUGAAGUCUGCGGGGCGACGUUCAAGAUAUCCUCUGGCCUGCAGACGCACAUGCGCAAACACACGGGCGAAACACCCUACGCGUGUGAGUUCUGUAGCAUGAGAUUCAAAUGCCAGUCAAACCUGAAACAGCACUUGUUCCAACACACUCAGCAGCGUCCAUUCAGCUGUGAGGUUUGCGGGAAAUCAUACAGUCGAAAGUCGAUCCGAGAUUCACACAUGUUGACCCAUGCGAAAGACUUUGCCGCCUCCAUGGUUGGAAAAAUGGACAUAAAUGCGAUGGCCAAUCUUUCACCCAUGUCCAGCAGCCAGUUCCCAAGUCUGUCUCCAAUUCCUAGUGACCACAUGCCAAGCUUUUCGCCAGUAUCCAGUGGUCAAGAUCACACUGACAUGUCAGUGGACAGUUUAGGAGAGGUCAGCCUGGAUGAGUCUGAAGGGUCAAGCAAUGGCGGUCACUCCACUGGAGAUGUAGAUUACCCCCCACCCGCGAUCAUCAACGGACAAGCGGUCAUGGUGUGCCCCCCGAUGAUAAAAUCAUAGAGUAUGGAGCAUGAACAAUCGCUUAAUUUUUAUUAAGAUACUUACAUUUUAAUUGUAAAUUAUUGUUCCGAACUUGAGGUAUAUGAUACUCAAAUAUUAUCAGCUUAGAACAAGAACUCAAUAUGUGCAUAUAAUACAUGAAUAGGAGCAGAUAUUGAGUUCUUUUAUUUUAAGGUGGUGAUGUGUGAGUUUCCGAUGCCUUGUGACCCUGUAUGCUUAUGAAAUAAUUGUAUUUUAACAUCAAAUAAUUUCAGUUAAAUAGUGAGUGCAUGUUUCAAAUCAGAUUGUAUAGUUUUAGGCAAAACUAUCAGAUCAGCCUGUAAAUUUUAAGUAAGUGUUGAGCUGUUCAGCCAAAGAAUGGAAAAUACGCAAUGUUCUCAUAUUUCUUUUAUUUCACUAUUUUUUUUUAAUUUGACAUUGUAAUGAAUAUAUAUUGUCAGAUUUAUGGUAGCUGAGAUCUGGAAGUGUUAAUGAAUACUGAAAGUAACUUACAAUUCAUGUGAUAUAUAAAAAGGUCUGCUAGCAUUUUUUAUUUUUGUCCAAUAUUAUUUAAAAUACAUUUUUUAAGGUGAAGAAUAUUAGACCUUAAUAAAAUCUGUUCUUAAUGUUCAUGCUAAAAAGAACUUAUAUUUGUCAUAAAAAGAAAUGGAAUGAAAUAUUUUCUUUUUAUAUAUACCAUAUAUGUGUAUCAUUGUCACUCAUAUGAGAAACUCAAGGAUUUAAUAAAAAAUGUGUUCUUUUUUCAUUUUCAUUUAACAUAAUGUGUAUGAUUAAUUUACCAGAAUGUUUUUUGGAUUGAUUUUGCGAUUUUAUUGAUUGCUCCAAAUUGACUUACAUUUUUUGUACAGCAUUUAACCUUUUUGACAUAUUAAACCAAAGCAUUUGACCCUUUUUGACAUAUUAAACCAAAGCAUUUGACCCUUUUUGACAUAUUGAACCAAAUCUUUUAUUCACAUAAAUCACCAACAUGUUCAAAGGGAGGUAAUGCUUGGUAUAGUUGUUUUGUACUAAUUCUAUCAUUUUUGUUAUCUCCCUUUUUAAAUACUUUCUUCGUUUUGUAACAUUCUAAGGAUGUUUUCAUCACUAGUUUUUAAAUUGUGUUUGCAUUUUAAUGAUUACGUCACUUUUGACAUAGCUGAGACUCGAUACACCAACAUUUUGUUAUUUUUUGUAAAUAUGAAAUUUUGUUGAAUACUCAAGUUUGACCAUGUGAAUUGAAUCUCACUCAACUUGUAUUGUUUACGUAAGAUGUUGUAAAUCUAUACAUUGUACAUAAAUACAGAAUAAUUUUACAUGGCAAGGUGUGUGUAUACAGACUUUAUAAUCUUGAUUAGCUUUAACAUAUAGACAAUCAAAAUAUACAGAGUAUUAUAUAUAAUAUAUACAUAUCAUUUGAUAUUAAAACUGUUUUGUUAAUAAAAGAUUAUGUGUUUAUUUGAUGCAUUUUAAAGUUUAGGUCAGAGUGAUUCAAAGUAAAAUGUUUCAAUUAUUGACUUAUCUAAGAGUUAUCGGAUACACAAAUGUGUGAACCUUGAACCCAUAUGAUUUUAGAAAUCUUUUGAAAGGAUUUUAUGUUAAGAAAAAAAUGUGUAAAAAUAUUUGUGGGUCCGAUUUCUUAAUAUCAUUGAAAUAGUUUGCUUUGGAUCAAUAUGAAUGCAAUACAUUGUUUUUAAAAUUACAUGUACAUAUUCCUGUGAUUUACAAAUUUGUUUUAAAAUUUGUUUUGUUUAUAUCAUAAAUGACAUGGCUAUAAUGAAAAAGUGUUGUUAUAUAUUUUUCAUAAAUAACUAGCGUAAUAGCUUGUGAUGUAAUGUCAUGUAUUAAUAGCGUUGAAAAUGUACCCACUAUACAGCAACUUUCAUUCGUGUAGCGCUGUUAUUCAUCAAGUUUACAGUAUUUAUGAUAUAAACACAUUCAUUGUUAUUCAAUACGCAAUUUAUUUAACAUGUUUUCUAAGAUUGAUUAAAACUCAUAUUAAAAUCUAUAACAUGGCAGCCAAGCAUUUUAUUAUUAAUAUUAGAAAACGUGUAAUAAAUUUCGUAUCGAAUGACCACAUGUAGUUUUCUGUUUUUAGUAUAUGACAAAUGCUCACUUGUUAAAUAUUUGUAAAAUAUUGUUAAAAUUGUGCAAUUUUUUAUUUGUGUGCAUUUGCUUUAAACUUCAGGGUCUCAUAAAAAAUGUUGUUUUUCUAUAUACGUGCAUUUAAUUUUUUAGAAAUAGUCGUAUUUAAUUACUCACAAAUAAAAUGUGGGAGAAAUUAUUUGAAGAAAUUAGUAUUUCCUAUCCUGUUUUUUUAAUUGAUUAACUCCCAAGUUUGAUAUUUAAAUGUCAUAUUUUAUUACUUUUUCUCACUAUUACAAUUUAUUGGCCAAUUUUUAGGACAUUAUUCAUAUCCUUAUAGGAAAAUAUUGUGUUUGCUAGUAUGAUGCUAAAAUACUCUUAACUAAAAUUUAAUGCUGAAUAGCUUUUCUUUAAAUAGUUAAAGUAAUGACGCAGUUGAUGCUAUAAUUAGUAAAUGGUUGGUUACACUUGAUAAAAAGGAAGAAAAACUAUCCAUAAAAAUCAAGCGUAAUUAAUUAUAACCUUAUUAGUUGAAACUACGUUGUUAUCUUACACAAAUUUUGAAUAUAAGAAAAAAAAAUUGUUACAAAAAAUGUUUGCAAGAAAUCACCAAGCCCCAAGUUGUUUCAAAAAUUCAAUACGGUAAACACUUAAUAACUCGCUCAACUCACAGCCUAGCAAGGAUGCAAAAUCUAAUGUAUGUUUUAACUGUUACUUUUUUUGUCAAUAACUUUAUAUAAAGGCAAAAUACUGCAGCAAUUAUCCGGAAAUGUUAGGUAAAAAAUGUUCUCAAUUGGUUUUGGCAUAUUAAACAAUCUUUGUUACACUAGAUUACCUUGGAAUUUUCGUUAAGAAUAAUAAAAAACAACAACAAAUAAAUAAGAAUUUGAAAACAACAACAUAUAUAUGUUUUCUUAUCUUUACUUUUUAAUUACACAUGAUUUAGAUAAUGUUCUCAGUUGCGUACAUUACUUGAUAUUUUUUAUUAACUGGGGACAUUUCUUUUUCAGAAAAGUAUAAAUAUGUAUAUAUGACAAUCCAUGCUUCAUGUUUUACUAAAAACUUAUAAUCAGUAUUCAUUGAGAUCAAAAUACAUGUGUUCUGUGAUAUAUUUUGAAAAAUAAUCCAAACAAUUUUAGUAUUGUUCACCUUGGUUAAUUAUAAUGGUAAAAAUGCUUAACCAAAUAUUUUCAUGUUCACAAAAUUAUUCCAUAUCUUUGCUAUCUGGUGAUAUAAUUAUUUGUUUAUUUGUGAAUGUUUUAUUUGUACAUAUCAACAGUCUAUGAUGGUUCUUUUUUGUACAAUAUGAAUUCCAA